AGAGCCAGAGGCCAUGUGCACGGGUUCACAUGGCCUGUGGAGGAAACACCUGAGCAGUGUUUUCUCCACAGGGGUCUCAGUCUGGGCUCUAAAGAGCUCCUCCACCAAGUUUCUAAAUUUUAAUAAUUUCAGCCUAUUGUUCCCCCAGAGUAGUAACUGCUUUCUGGAACUGAACUCUGUGAUAACGUAGUAUUUACUUUUUGCCUUUUCAAUAACCUAGUUAACAAUUUUAUACCUACUGAGUUCUAUUUAAAUAAUGGUAUUUUCUAUCUCCUGACUGGACAGAAACCCAGGAGUAGGGUUUGAACUUCCUACUUUCUGGUUUGCAUAUAUCUUAUUAAGAUAACUAAAGUACUUGCUACUUGCCACUCUUCAGACCCGGUCAGUGUAAUGUCAUCAGUGCAGCAGAUCAGUGUGAUGUGUGAUCUCUCAAUGUGAUCAAAAUCUCUGGACUAUUUUAGAGAGCAAGAGUGUUAACAUAGACCUGAAGCAAGACUGUAAUGGUUGAACAAAGCACAAAGUGCUUCUGAGAUUUUUUGCAAAUUAAUAGGAAGAAAGAAGCAUUUGCUUCCAAGUUAUAAGAAUUGUGUUGAUUUGACCCCGUAAAAAUACUACAUCUUGAAUACUAGCUGCAAUUAGAGUCACGACCUUUCUGUGUUUAUAAUUCAUAGCUAUUCUCCAAGAUCCAUCUGUCUUAUAUUUAGAUCAAACAGGAGCAGCUGCAUUGGCAUGGAAGAAUCCUAUUUCAAGCUGGUUUACUGCUAUGCUCCACUGUUUUGGUGGAGGAAUUUUAUCCUGUCUACUGCUUGCAGAGCCUCCAUUGAAGUUUCUUGCAAACCACACUAACAUAUUACUGGCAUCUUCAAUCUGGCUCACUGCAACCUCCACCUCCUGGGUUCAAGCGAUUCUCCUGUCUCAGCCUCCCAAGUGGCUGAGAUUACAGAAAGAAGAUAUGUUCUACUUUAAGCACAAAAUUGUCAGCCAGAGUAUUUGGAGAAUGGAGAGAAAAAAGCAGUAUAUUACAUUUUUUUGCCCGCAUGACCUAGUUUCCCAGGGCUAUUCAUAUCUACCUGUUCAACUACUGGCUUCGGGAAUGAAGGAAGUGACCAGAACUUGGAAAAUAGUAGGUGGAGUCACACAUGCUAAUAGCUAUUACAAAAAUGGCUGGAUAGUCAUGAUAGCUAUUGGAUGGGCCCGAGGUGCAGGUGGUACCAUUAUAACGAAUUUUGAGAGGUUGGUAAAAGGAGAUUGGAAACCAGAAGGUGAUGAAUGGCUGAAGAUGUCAUACCCUGCCAAGGUAACCCUGCUGGGGUCAGUUAUCUUCACAUUGCAGCACACCCAGCAUCUGGCAAUAUCAGAGCAUAAUCUUAUGUUCCUUUAUACCAUCUUUAUUGUGGCCACAAAGAUAACCAUGAUGACUACACAGACUUCUACUAUGACAUUUGCUCCUUUUGAGGAUACAUUGAGUUGGAUGCUAUUUGGCUGGCAGCAGCCGUUUUCAUCAUGUGAGAAGAAAAGUGAAGCAAAGUCACCUUCCAAUGGCGUUGGGUCAUUGGCCUCAAAGCCGGUAGAUGUUGCCUCAGAUAAUGUUAAAAAGAAACAUACUAAGAAGAAUGAAUAAAUUUACGUGAUGAGCUCUACAAGGCCAAAAAUUUUUUUUCUUAUCUACCUGUUAGAUUGUGCUAAUUUUUCUAUGUAUGUGAUGUGAAAUGAAGACUAUAUAUAUGGAAUGGAGGUGACAGAAAGAAAGAAAUUCUUUGUUUGAGGGAGACUUCCCCUUUCUGGAUUGUAAUUGUUGAGUGUUACGAGUGUAUCAUGUGAUUAUGCUUUACUGGUAUAAGAGAUUCUGUUGUGAUUAUUUGAAUAGUUUUAUAUUAAUAAAAGAAGACAAAAUUUUUUAAAUGUUAGAAAAAGCAGAUCUGUCAUUGCAAAGUAACAAAAAUUUUAAGCUUUUAAAAAUGUGGAUUUUUCAUAUUUUUAAAAUUUGAAUCUAUUUGAGCUUUAGUUCAGCAGAAUUAAAUUUUUACUUGACAUUAUCAUUAAAAUUGCUUGGUAUGGAGAACAAUUCCUAUUUUAUUUUGAACACUGAGAAGAGUAAACUUUUCCUAAAACACUUUAUAUUAUAAAUGAAAAUAAAUUGCUAGUUUAUAUUUUAGAUAUAAACAUCGUAUUUUUUAUUAAUACCUACAUCAAAUGGAAAAUAUCUGAAAUUUUUUUUCCAUAGCAGGUAUUUUCUACUAGAAGUAGUUUUACUACUUUUCAUUUAGAACAGAGUAUGAGUCUUAAUCUGAAGUCUUUUUCAUGCCCUUGUUUUAAAAAAACUACUUUUUUUGGCCUCAAAAAAAUCAAGGGUGUAAUUUUUAAUAAAUUGUUAAUCCUAUGUUUUGUAAUUUUCAUUUUGGGAGCUUGACUUAUUUUUUUCUCUCUCAUAAAAACACAUUUGUUUUAAUUGUAGGAGAAAUUACUUUUCUCAGCAUUUUGCAUGUUCUUUCUAAUCUUUGUUGGUCUGAAUAUAUUGGUAGUAAUUACUGUAAUUAUUCAACAAAAAGUAUAUCCGUUCAUAAAUUUUUCCUCUAUGUCUUUUUUCUAGUGGCUACUGUUUUAGUUUUCUAGUUGAAUAUCUCUGACAAGCUUUCGUAUGGUUUUGUUAUAUUUUCAUCUACAUGUAAUGUGUUAUUAAUUUUAUUAAAUGAAAACUAAUCACCUUCAUGUGGAAAUGCUCUGAGAAUUGUCCUUAGGCAUUUGGUAGUAACCAGCUAACCAAGAAGAAACAGAGAAACCAGAACUUCAUAUGGCAGUCCAUUUAGAUGAAGAAUGAUGAUAUAAAAUCUGGUUCCUUCUUAGCAAAAUAAAAAACAAACAAGAAAAGAUACUAAAUGAUGUUAAUUUUCUUACUUUAUGAUUUAGAAGUCCAGUUAUAAUAUUAAAACUCUGUGACAUAGUUUCUUUUACCAAAACCAUGAACCUACUCCCCGUAUCAGGUAUUUUCGAUGGUUUAGAAGUACUCAAGUCACAUCACAUUCAAGUUAGAAGUUUUUUGUUGUUGUUGAUAUUUUAAAUUUUUAACAAAUAUAAACACCGGCAGAUACUAUUACUUCCUUAAAAAAUUGGGAGGGGGCACUUUUCAUAGUCUUGGAAUGCUAAGAAGUUUAUUUUUAAUAUUGUGACAGAAAGCUUUAAGUAUUUAAGAGCUCUGUAUUAUAUUUGAUACUCUUACAGUUAAAAACUUUUCAAAAUUAAUACAUUGUUAAUUAUUGACCAGUUUUGAAGUUUGGGUUUAACUGUAGUUGAAAUGGAAGGACUCUUGUUUUACACUUGUAUUAAAGAUAAAUUUAUUAAAAUAAGUUAUUUAGCACCAA